UUCGUAUUUUGCACAUUCGGCGGGCUGAACCUAGACAAUUUCGCCAUGGCUGCCCAGACAAUACUCUUUGAUUUUACUUUGGAUGCUGGAAAAACAGCAACUGCAAUACAACGCCAGGAAGUGGCCCGUAUUGUUCGUAACGAGCUGGAACAUGUGUUCUCCCAACUGGAGCUCGCCUAUUCCAUGGAGUCCAUGGAUAAUGGAUACUUUUCGGUGCUGCACGAGAAUAAGGAGACAAUUAUCACAUGCCGCAUCUUUCAGCAGGGUUUGUUAACCAUCAAUGUGGAGUAUUAUUUGGCAGACGGCAAGGAGCCUAUCAUGUCCUUUGAUACCAUGCGUACAAUGGAGCUUAUACUGCGUCAAAAGUUAGAUUCCGAACGAUCCAAGUAUUUACCGCCGAUAAAACGUGGCGGAUAUAUUGACAUAUACAUGACUAGCUCAGAUGAGCGCAUUAUUGAGUACGACAUUGAUACCCUAGUGUAUGAGGCGCGGUCACCGUUUCAGAAGAUUCAAAUCAUGCACUCCAAGACGCUGGGCAAUAUGCUAAUUCUAGACGAAUUGCAGAAUAUUGCCGAGUCGGAUUUGAUCUAUACAGAAACCCUGAUGGGCCGCGGCAUUGAGAACUACGAGGGCAAGGAGAUAUGUAUUCUAGGAGGCGGUGAUGGUGCAUUACUCUAUGAGCUGCUUAAGGAGAAUCCAAAGCAUGUGGUCAUGCUCGAAAUAGAUGAGCUUGUCAUGCAGGCCUGCAACAAGUAUUUGAAUACCAUUUGUGGUGAUGUCUUGGAGAAGCGCAAGACGGAUCAGUAUGAGAUCAUUGUGGGCGAUUGUGUGGACUAUAUGAAAAAGUUCAUUGCCGAGGGGCGCAAGUUUGACUAUGUGUUUGGCGAUCUAACUGACAUACCUAUUUCGGAUGCACCGAUUGGCGAGUGCUGGGAUUUUAUACGCACCAUCUUUGAGCAUUCGUUCCAGCUGCUCAAGCCAGAUGGCAAAUACUUGACCCAUGGCAACGGCACCAGCUGCUUGGAAUCUCUGCAGUUGUUUGAGGAUCAACUACGUUUGCUAAAGCCCAAGGUUAAGUUUACCACAACAAAGGCGUUUGUGCCGUCCUUCAUGGAAGAAUGGCUCUUCUAUCAAGUAACUUUCGCUUGACCAGCUCAAACCGAAGCUGCAACACAAUUAAAGCUAACGAGUAGUACGAACUCAACAACAGCACUAACAACAACGAACACAUCGUGUCUCCGCAACGCUAUCUCCAGCACACAACACGUUCUCACACCCGCAACACAAAUCGAUCAAAUCGAGCUCAAUAACAAGGAGCCACUGAUACUGCACAGCUACACCGUGAUAUUGCAUGCUGCUAAAUCUGAGCAGAUGCCACAGAAUCUACACAAACGUGUGCCACGUCGUCAGAGGCGUGUGCACUAUCACCAUGCCCUGGUUUCCUAGUGGAGGCUAUUCAAAUGUAACCAAAAAGACAAAGGAACUAAUUAGCAUCACCGACAUCACACAAAAAAAGAAAACAACAAAGAAACAACAAACAGACUUCCAAGGGCUGUAACUAGCAUCUGAUAACCAAACCAAAUAUUUAAAGUCCAAUUGAUAUAAUUUAAGUUAGGAUUUAGUUGUGUUUUACGUUCAUUGAUUUUAAAACUAAAACUAAGUCAGGCUCAGGCAGAGACAGAGGCGAGAACAACAUAUGUUUUGUACUUAUUUGUGCUUAUUUAAAAUUAUAUUUAAUAUCUAGUAUUUUCAUAAAACAUACAUAAUAUACUUAUAUGCAUACUUAUAUAUAUAUAUACUUAGAAUUCAUGUAUUUAAUUUUCAAUUAGGCACUCAAAAGUGUGUGGAUGCGAAAUUGAGUGUUAGGAGUAUAGCAGAUAGCUGAUGUUACUUGAUACGUUUGAAAAAAGAAACUAUAAUAAAAUGUCGUACGCAGAAUAAA